AUGGCCACACUCGACUCCCUCAAGCACGCACUACGGGAGAAAGCCGGAGAAGUAACAUCAUCAAGACAGCCGUUGUCCGACAGACAAUACAGUGACGGUUUGGAGAUCCUGGGACAGGAUUCAGCAUAUCAAGGCUUUGUUACCCCGCAACUCUCUUACCUUCUUGUCUCUCUCUUCAACUCGCAUAUCGCUAUAUCGGUACUCGAGAUUGGGCCCGGCCCGAAGAGCAUAUUUGGAACUCUGGCCUACGAUCUUAGACGCAAGGUCAGGAGAUACGUUGCAUUCGAGCCUAACAGGAUUUUUGCUUCGAGACUCGGAGAGUGGCUCGGUGCUACCCCAGACGCAGAAUCCCCAUUGCCCUGUCUAGAAAACCCACCUGACAUCCGUCGAAACCAAUUCGUCCCGACCAGCCAUACAGGGAGUGGGACCAAUACCGAAACGAGUGAAAGCCACGAGCAAUUCGAUUUCAUCUUACUUUGCCAUAGCAUGUAUGGCAUGAAAUCCAAACGAAAGUCCAUCGAACAGGCGCUGGACAUGCUUGUUAAGCGACCCGAAGGCGGAAUAGUGGCCGUUUUUCACCGCGACGGGUCGCUGGAUCUGGACGGAUUAGUUUGUUAUCGGAUGAAUUCAUUCCCUAAUGGUGUUCUUUAUGUAGCAAAUGACGAUAAGGUACUGGACAAUUUCGCUCCUCUCAUCGCAGGUUUUGUCAUGGGAGAUACCGCGGCAGAAAAAGCUGUUCGAAUCGGGUGGCGAGAUAUAUGCCGCAAAUUGGGGCAUUAUGAGGGAGACCACCCAGAUCAUCUCCUGUUCCGCUCGUCCAGCAUCAUGGCGGCAUUUACCCGACAUGCGACCACCUUGCCAGAGCUGAUGGACCAGGUUCCAUUUAUGAUGGACAACAAGGCGGUUAAAAACCGCGAGGCUCGUCUUCACCGACCGUCUGCGAUUUUAAGGCCGACAGAGGUACGACAUAUUCAGGCGUGCAUUCAAUGGGCUCUGAAGUACGGGGUCAGCCUGACUGUCAUUGGCGGAGGUCACAGCAGUCAUUGUCUAUGGCCAAAUGUCGUCUCGGUCGACAUGGGUGCCUUUAGUCAAGUGCAUGUUGUUUUACCUGUGGACGACACAAUAGAUGGACCCGAGUCGGGUCCCUUCGUCGUCGCCGAGGCUGGUGCCAAGACCGGUGAUGUUAUUCGCAAGGCUAUGGCAGCCGGCAUGUCUGUGCCAUUGGGUUCCCGGCCAAGCGUAGGCGCAGGGAUGUGGUUACAAGGUGGCAUAGGGCACCUGGCAAGGCUGUACGGGCUCACGUGCGACAAUAUUGCUGGAGCCGUGAUGGUCAGCGUUGAAUCAGGCGAGAUCUUCUGCCUAGGUCAUGUACCGAGCCAGCACCGAUUCGCGUCUGCCGUUGUCCCAAAAACUGAAAACGACAUUCUAUGGGCGAUCCAAGGGGCAGGGAAUAAUUUCGGCAUCGUCAUCAGCAUCGUUUUUAACGCUUGCCCAGCCCCUGCCUACUUAGCUCGAAACCAGGUCAAUCCGCUGAGCGACAUCCUGGAGGCACGACUCAAGCUUAAAGAUUACGAGGAAGUCUCUAAAAAGCUCAACCGAAACUGUUCGGCAGAUGCGUAUUUGUUUUGGGAAUCGAAUCAGUUGCAUCUUGGAGUGACCAUGUUUGAAUCCUCUCCGAUAAGGCUCAGCUCUGCAACACCUACUCUCGCUUUACCGCCUAUGGGCACAAUCUUGGGGCCGGAAGAUGAAAUCAAGUCCGUGGAUGGCAUAGGUAUAUUCGAGGCCGAGAUAUACAUGACGAAGAUGCACGGGGGGCACGGCGGCAGCAGGACUUCUGCAUUUAAGCGGUGCUUGUUCUUGGAAACCGUCGGAGAAGUGAAUGUAGCCGAUAUCUUGGUGAAAGCCAUUCGCACUCGUCCUACACAACUCUGCUAUUUCCAUCUGCUGCAAGGUGGUGGAGCAAUCGGCGACGUGGCCGCCGAUGCCACUGCUUUUGGUUGUCGAAAAUGGACAUUUGCCUGUGUGAUAGCUGGUGUCUGGCCCCGCGACAAAGACGGAGCCAUGGUCGCCCAAGCUGCUAAGCAGUGGGUGUACGACGUCGCCAAUGACUUGUUACCUUUGAGCAGCGGAGCUUACGGCGCAGAUCUUGGGCCGGACCCUAGAGAUGUUAUACUGGCGGCCAAAGCUUUUGGUCCGAAUCGACCGCGGCUGGCCCGUAUCAAGAACAUUUUGGAUCCGCACAACGUGUUGGCUUAUGCGUGUCCCCUUCCGAAAGCACAGAUGAAACUGUCACUCGUAAUUCUUGUCACAGGAAAAAGCUGCGUUGGAAAGGACUAUUGCGCCAACAUUUGGGCCUCCACGUUUAGAACAACCACACAACGUCGCCUACAGGCACGUGCAGUCAGCAUAAGCGAUGUGACCAAGCAAGAGUACGCGGCGGCCUCCGGUGCCGACCUGCAGCUGCUGCUCCGAGACCGUGCUUACAAAGAAAAACACAGACCAGCCUUGACAAAAUCUUUUCAAGACCAGGUGCAGCACCGCCCUUCAUUGCCGGAAGAGCAUUUUCUGGAUCUAGUACAUAGCAACUUGGAUGUAGAUGUACUAUUGAUCACAGGGAUGAGGGAUGAGGCGCCAGUCGCGUCCUUCUCACAUCUGGUACCAGAGAAGAGAUUGCUUGAAAUACGUGUCGAAUGUAGCCAAAAGACGCGACGUAUUCGACGAGCGUGCCACGGGGAUGAUAACGAUGGUGACGACAUAGAAAGCCACGUGAAUAGUCCGAAUCCAACAACCAGUGACGGUUACCCCAGGGCCGUCUUUCACAACAAGGUGAAUGGACAGGAAGCAGCAAUCGAGUUUGCCCAUUCAUACCUCCUUCCCUACGUCCACGAAAACCUACAGCGCCUGGCAACCAUGGUUCGCCGGGUCCCCAAUUUUUCCCGGCCGGGCAUCGAGUUCCGCCAUGUGCUUGGCAUCCCCGAGCGGCCGGGUGGACUAGACCUGUGCUCAUCUCUGUUCCAAGCUCAUUUUGCUGGCGACUGGGGAAAUAUUCAUAAACUAGUGUGUUGUGAAACGGGCGGGAUUUUAUUUGCGACGCAUUUAUCCUCCAUGGUCAAAAUACCCUUGGCGCUGAUCCGCGAAGCGGGCAAACUUCCUCCACCCACAUUUUCUGUCCUCAAACCCUCUUCGCACAUUUCGUCUUCAGUAAUCAACGAUUCACAGGUGAAAAGGAUCGAAAUGGAGCGGGAUUUGAUCCCUGAAAGCGCGUCAGUACUGGUAAUAGACGAUGUACUCGCGACGGGGAAGACACUCUGUGCGGUGCUGCAGCUUUUAAACGUAGCCAACAUUUCCAUUGAGGAGGUUAAGGUCAUGGUCGUAGCUGAGUUUCCGGUCCACCAGGGCCGGAAGCUGUUACGACGGUUUGGUUUUGGCGCCGUCAAUAUUCAAAGCCUUUUGGUCUUUGGGGGUGCUUAG